UAUAAUUUGUGAAAACUACUUGCGAUGAAGCGUAAAUUGAAAACUAAUAAAAAGAUCAACCAAAAUUCACAGACAAACACCGAACACAAUCAGGGUUCCAGGAUUCCCCCGCCCACUGCAUUCAAAAAGGAUACAUUCAAAACGAAACAGACUUAUAAAGCGGACUCCUUGACAAAAGGACGAACUGGGCUGCUUGAAGAGCUGACCACGAAGAUUUGCAAAUGUCAAAUACAAAAGCAUGAGGAACAGCGGUCACCACCCCAACCACAAAAACACCAACAAAAGCAACCUUGCAGUCAGGCAAAGGAUCAAUAUCUAUGUCAGUUAAAGGCCAAACAGGCACAGGAUAAAUAUCGAUCAUCUAAAGAGGAGCCACAUUACGAAUGUUUAGCUCAUGCGUGUCCCAGUCUAUCGAUGGAGCUACUGAGUCGUGUUCCGUCCCAUUUAGAAACCCUUUAUACCCCGCAACCCCGCCAUGCACAUCAUCUGCCUCCAUUGUCUUCGAAAUUCAACAAGGAACCGACCCAGGCAAAUCCUGAGGGAGCUGACGGAGAUCGUGUGCUGUACAAGAAUGCUAAGUUUGGCUUUGAGUCCAGUGUUGAGCGUAGUGUCAUUAGCGACAGAUCGACAAAGCGUCUAAUAAGGGAUCAGAAAAUUCCGCAGAAAAGCCAAUGUCCAGAGGACAAAGAUUCCUCUCCAUUGGUAAAAUCAGCUCGAGAGCAUUGCCGCCAAAUGAAUGCUCGCUUUAAAGCCAAGUAUUCGGAGAAGACUUCCGAAUCCGAUUCCUUUGGUGAUACUCGAAAGACUUUGAUCAGUGGAAAGAGCGCUGGAGAUUUACGUUCAGUUGUUCGCUCACAGAUUCAUGUGCAAGAGUUGAUCGAUCAGUCGAAAAGAAAACUGAAGAAAGCAGCCGACAAACGAUUGGAAACAUUAUCAUCUCUAUCGGAUUUUUCCAUAAAUAGCCGCUCUGAGCGGCAGGAUUCCAAAUUAGACAUGUUGGAAAAUAUUCAGCAAAAAGAUAUCAAACAAGGAAAGCUCUUGUUGUCCGUUAGUGUCGAGGAGAUGGUAAGCACCAAGCUGAUAGCACCCGUGGUACGUAAAGUGCAACGUAUGUAUUUGGGCACCCUUCGAGAGGAAAUGAGCAUUAUAGAGGAUCUUGAGCGUCUACCAUGCCAAGUCAGCAGUGUCUUUCAAACCGCCGAUGACCAGAAGAAACUAAAAAACAAGUAGCAUUUCCAUUUUUAUAUAGUUAUUUGUUUAAUUUUCUUGCAUUAUAUUUUAUACGGUUUAUUGAUAAGAUCAUCAUAAUAAACACAACUUACACUAA